AUGACGCCCCUCGCCGCCGCCACCGCGCGCAGCCGCCUCGCCCUCGCCCUCGCCCUCGCCCCCCGCACCUACACCCGCGCCCCCCUCGUCCGCGCGUUCUCGACGACGCUCCGACGCGCCGACGAGCAGGGCGCGGGCGAGGGCUCGAGCGCGCCCCCGCCGCGCCCGCCGCGGCCGAUCGACGACUCGACGUCCGCGCUGGACUACAAGCGGGCGCUGCGGCACCGCCCGCCGCCGCUGCCGGCGAUGGACCUCCCGCGCUCGCGCACGGCGGAGGAGGCGGUGACGAACAUCCUGUACAACACGCCGCCGCCGAGCCUGCAGCCGUUCAAGAAACACGUCCUCAACUGCCUCGUGCAGAACGAGCCGGGGGUGCUCUCGCGCGUGUCCGGCAUCCUCGCCGGCCGCGGGUUCAACAUCGACUCGCUCGUCGUGUGUCGCACCGAGAUCCGGGACCUUUCGCGCAUGUGCCUGGUGCUCCGUGGCCAGGACGGCGUGGUCGAGCAGGCCCGGAGGCAGCUGGAGGAUUUGGUCCCCGUCUGGGCCGUGCUCGACUACACCGACACCCACUGCAUCGAGCGCGAGCUCCUCCUCGCCAAGGUCUCCAUCCUCGGCCCCGAGUACCUCGACGACCAGCUCCUUGGCGGGCCCACACACGAGCCCCGCCGCGACGCCGCGCUCUCCGCCUCCGCGCCGCCCCCGCCGCACUCGAAGCUCGAGCUCGAGACCGCGCUCGCGCAGCAAUUCGAGCACUCCGCCGACCCAGACUCCGCCGCCCCGGCCCCUAUCACCCCGGCCCCCGCGGCGGCGGCGGCGCCGACGCCGCUGACCCCCAGCGAGGCGCUGCGCCUCAAGAGCGACCACCUGCAGGCGAUCCAGGUGCUCAGCGCGCAGUUCGGCGGCCGGAUCGUGGACGUGAGCGAGCACAGCGUGAUCGUGGAGAUGUGCGGGAAGACGAAGCGGGUCGAGGCGUUCCUCUCGCUCCUCAAGCCGUUCGGUGUGCUCGAGUCGGCGCGGACCGGGUUGAUGGUGAUGCCGCGCACGCCGUUCAAGAACACGGAGGAGGCGGAUGCGGUGGAGGAGGGCGGGGCGGUGGACGCGAGCCUCCUGCCCCCUGGCUAG